AUGGGAGUUGGAGAAUCAGUUGAAGAGACUCCCCCUGAUUUUUUUAAUGGACUGCUGACCAAUGACAUUAAACUUAAUGAUCCUAUAUGCAAAGCAAUUUUCUCAUCGAGAUUAUUAACUCACACGAGUUUAUCAAAUAAUAUUUUGACAAGAGUUGCUAGAACGAAGCCAAAUAAUGUUCGAGUACUAGCCUAUCAAUCUGUAUUCUCUAUAAAUCGUAUUUCGCAAAUACAAUAUCAAACAGAAAUUCCUCAAUCAUUAUUAAUUUCCUGUUACAAUUCAUUUUUAGUAUUGCAACGCUUUUGUUCAUCUGUUGUCUCGAAAUGGCAUACAUGGCCUUCUCCUUCCACAAUGUCUAACUCAAUUCCAUCCGUUUUAUUUGAUUCUGCAGUCACAAUUCUUGGUCAUCCUCAAAUACGCGAUGCACCAGAUUCUACUCUACAAGGUCAUGUUCGCCUUGAAAUAUUUUCUACGAUGCUGAUGUUUUUAUUGUCACCAAAUCAAGAAAUAUAUGAAAACUAUCCUAACCAUCAUUACUAUGCAUUAGAUAUGACUAACCCAAUGCCCAUUAUCAAUACAGUUAUAAAUGUAAGGAAGCACAGCCCUAGUUUUGCCAGAAUUGUUUUAAUAUUAUGCUCUACCGGUCUUGGUUUUUGUCAAUCAUGGGUUGAAAUGCUCUCAGACUUUCAAUUCUCAUCUAUAUUCCCUAUUUUUGAUCCAUUACUUACACCUCCAACAGAAUCUCAAUUAUCUCUAUCAAAUAGUCAAAGUCCAGGCAUUUAUUUAGAAUUAUUUGCUCUUUUCUAUCAAAUUCUAUUGUUGCCGUAUGAUGUUGUCGAAUCAUUACCUAAAGGUCGACAAUUUGUUGUUUCUGUUUUAUUACCUUUGCAACAAUUCAACGAAAAGAAUUCUUUGACUUAUUUUCAUUCCCUUGCAUUAAGUACUUUGGUACUAUUGACAUCAGAUCCUGCUCUUUCUGCUUCUUUAAACGAACCAUUCACUGGAACUUUUGCUUGUAAAAGUUCAGUUCACAGAGGAACAUAUGCAGAUUUAUUAGUUGAAAUCAUUACAAAUACAACAGGUAGUGAUUUAUCAAGAACAGCUCCUCUUCUUCCUGCUGUUGCUUGUAUCAUUCAUAAUAUUUCUGCACAUGUUAAUUCUUUUUCAUUUUUUACAUCAAACAGAUUGUUUAUUUUCUUGAAUCAAUUGAUAGAAAGCAGAGACAGACAAGCACCUAAGCUUGUACAGAUAGUUAUUGAUGGUAUCAACCAGAUUAUCUCUGAACAAUUCGAACAUAAUACAACAAUAUUAAUGUUCGUUGUCAGGAAUCAAAAUACUUUCAAAAUGUUGAGACAAAAAGGGCUGGAUGUAAAAUAUAUUUUGGCAUUUAUAUCGGCUUUUAAGCAGAAAGUGAAACAGAAUGGAAUCGUGAAAUUAGGAACAGAUAUAGCAGAACAGAUACUGAAAUCUCUGAAUCCUAAACAGUUCAUGGAUGGAUAUGAACCUCCUGGACCAAGAGGACACGUUUUUACAGGAGAAAUGGCAGGAUUAUGGGCAGAUUGGAUGAGAACUUUGGCAAUGAGAGGAGAUUUUAAAGGAGAUUUCGCCUAA